AUGGGAAAAAUAACAAGAUCUAAAACUUACAAUGAGUUACGCCAUCGUGACAUCAGUAAUAGGCCACCACGGGGUAGACCACCACGCCGGGGGGUUAUAGAUAUAGACGUAAUUCCGCCAAAUGAAAGAAGACAAGAAAGGCCACUCCCGGAAAUUCGCCUACCUAUGCCUCCAGAACCGAGCAAUAGUAGCAGCAAUAGUAGCAGUGAUGGUAGGGAAAAAGAGGUAAAUGCCACAAAUGUUAGUAAAGCUGUCUCAAGUAAUCAAAAUCCAACAAGUAGCGUUUCUUCAUCACCUCCAAUUAAUCCUACAUCUCAUACGGCUACAUUUCCGGGACAAUUAAACGCAAAUCAAUUACAACAACAAAUGGCUGCCGUUUAUACUCCUCAGAUAGCUUCUAUUAUUAGCAAUGUUGCUUCGAAUAUGGGUGUCGGUUCGGAUGUCAAUGCAGAGAAUGUGUUUAGCCCUCAUUUUAACAAUAAUAAUGUUCCAAAGCACACAUCCUCCUACAAUCCUUCAAUUAGUUCUCCCAUGAGUAACGGAAAUGUUAUUCAUUCUCAUACGCCAAUUGCGCCCAAUCAUGCUUCAAAUUUUCACAAUAAUCCUAUUGUAGGUACAUAUAACCACCCUCCAAUGGUUCAAAAUUUUCCGAUUAUACCCAUCAAUGGUGGUGCAGAUUCAGGUGGAAUGUUCCCUCAUCAUGCUGGUUCAGGCUCUAACAACAGUUUUAUGAAUACUCCAUCUCACGGAGUGAAUGUAUUAGAUGCAAAUCGGCAAGCUAACACUAUCGUGAGGACCCCAAGUACCACAACUAUUAAUUCCACUGGAACUAUCUCUAGUCCCAUUGAUUCAGCGAAUGGACCCCCAAUAUCCUUUACUUCACCCGUACACAAUUCGGACAAUUCUUCCGUUAAUAAUUAUACUACCAGUCGGAUUAUUCCUACUCCAUCAACUGUGUCGGAAAAUACGAGGCCUAAGUAUUAUUGUCUUCCAGAAUUAGACACCCUUGAUACUGUCUAUGAUGUUUGGAAUGAAUGGAAUGUGGGACUAAAUGGUAACCCUUCGGUAAUUACAUUAUUAGAGACAUAUGGAAAUAAAUGGGCAAGCGAGAACAAGGAUCCUUUGAUCGCGCGUAAAAAAAUUAUAAAGGAAAUACAGAUAAAGACAAAAGAUAUAGAAAUUGAUGAGGUGAUUGAUGAAAUGGAAAGAAUGCGAGAUGGUCGCGGAUUAACUUGGCUAGCAAAAAAAUUUGGAAAAAAAAAGAGCACUCAUUAA